AUGGCCUGUGAAGCAGAGAAGUGGGAAAUAAAGGUUAGUGCCCGAGUGAGAGGCUCCAGUCCGGACCAGAUAUGGCCACUUCUGCAGGAUUUUUUCAACCUCCACGAGUGGCUCCCCAUGUUAGAUGUGUGCUACGGAGUUGAAGGCGUAUUGGAUCAGCCUGGCUGCGUCCUAUAUUCUGCUGUCACGAAAAUCUCCAAGGACGGUUUGGAGGAGGCGGUCACCAACUGGGCACUGGAGAAGCUGCUCGUUAUCAAUCCUGUCAACAAAAGCUUCAGCUAUGAGAUCAUGGAUAGUAAUAUGAUGGGGUUCAAAUCUUUAGUGGCAACAACUGAACUCACACAUGUGAAAGAUGCUGAAAAAGAAGCAACCGCUAUAACUUGGUCCUUUGUUGCAAAUCCAAUUGGAGGGACUGAGAUAGGUCUGACAGAGUUCUAUGGCUCUGCUCUCCAACGCAUGGCAGAAAGAUGGAGGCUGCUCUAUCCACACAAGGGGCAUAAAUCCCACUUGUCAUGUUUGUCUUUCUCGCUUCAAAUGCAUUGA